ACUUAUUGUAUCAUACGUACGUAGCGUAGCCACUUACUUGCCUUUAUAAAUAACAAUCCAAGGUAGCUCUCGGAUCGACAUUCUGAACAACAAAUCAAAAUUCCAGGUUCUGCAAUCAAAGCUAUGAUGGCUACCCAAAAUUCAACUCAACCAAUACCGAAUCUGAAAGACAAGAUUCCGAAGUUAGAGCCGCGCCGGAGACGGCCUCCACCAUCAAACCCUCUUCCACUGCCGGAAACACCUGCUCUACCGCCGCCACCAGACACUUCAUCUCAUUCAUUCCAGGUUCCCACCCGGCGAAUCCUGUCCACCAAGGACCACGACCUCUUCCUCUCGUCGAAGACUUACACUCUCAUUCUAGCAUUCGUCUUCGGCCUCACAGACGCCGUAGUAGACGCCCCCAUAUCAGCCGUCAGGGACGACGACUGCAGCCCCAUCAUCAAGUCCAUCGUCGGUGUUCUCGACGAGAUCGAGGCGCUAGUCUUAGCCACCCCCCCGGACGACGCCGAAGGGUCGCGCUUCGGAAACAAGGUCUUCCGCACCUUUCUCGACAAGGCCAAAGCCGCCAGCCCGUCUUGGCACCAGAAGCUCGGGCUGACUUCCCGGGAUGCCGUCGUGGAGGUGGAGACCUACCUCAACCAGUCGUUCGGCAACCGGACCAGGAUAGACUACGGCUCGGGCCACGAGCUGAACUUCGUAAUAUGGCUGCUGUGCUUAUACCAGCUCCAGAUCGUGAAGACGACGGAUUUCAAGGCGUUGGUCCUUAAGGUCUUCGUCCGGUACCUGGAGCUCAUGCGCACGAUCCAGUCCACGUAUUACCUCGAGCCAGCCGGCUCUCACGGCGUCUGGGGUCUAGACGACUACCAGUUCCUCCCGUUCCUCUUCGGAGCUAGCCAGCUUCUCCAUCACCCCUUCAUCACGCCGAUGGCGAUACACCAGGAGCUGACUCUGGAGGAGUUUGGCAACGACUUCAUGUACCUCGGGCAGGUGAACUUCGUCAACAGCACGAAGACGGUCAAGGGCCUGCGCUGGCAUAGCCCGAUGCUAGACGACAUAUCCUCGGCGAAGAGCUGGUCCAAAAUCGAGGGCGGCAUGAGGAGGAUGUUCGUGGAGGAGGUGCUCAAAAAGCUGCCGGUGAUGCAGCAUUUUCUCUUCGGCUCGCUUGUGCCUGCUGUGGAAGGUAUGAGCACCGAGUCCGAAGCAGGUAUAUCGAACGAGGAGAAUGAAGCGGACGGAGGAGUGGUGGUUGUCGAGCAUGACGGGGUGAAGCACGUGCAUAACGGCAGUAGCUGGGGUGACUGCUGCGGAAUCAAAGUCCCCAGUGCUAUUGCUGCGGCCCAAGCCAUGAGGAAACAAGGUGCCGGAGAGUUGCGCCGGAUACCAUUCGACUAGAUUUUCUGGUCCCUCAUGGAAAAAUGAAGACGAUGCUACGAUAAAAUGUAAUGACAAGGGAUCUUAAAUCCCAUACUCCUUUACCAUGGCGUUGCUAUAAAUUACGGCAUCAAUGUGCAAUAUAUUUAUUCUAAUAUCAAUGUAUACUACCAUGAACUAGCACAUAUGCUAUGCUGUAGCUAUAGAGAAUCUAAUCGGCGUCAUACACCAACCUACCUACCUGAGACUGAAAUCAGAGUCCUACAACAGCAAUUGGGCGCAAGAGCAUACAUACAUCACAAACAAGGCAAUUUCAAACUAGACGUAAAACUC